ACUGAGCACACAGGUGUCCCUUAUGGCUUACGGGUAACCUUGCGCAAGAGCCGGCCGGAGAACGUGCAGCGCCGAUAGCGAGAACGGACGCAAUCGUUCGACGGAACAGUCGCGGCCGUUUUGAAUAACAAAAACAACAAAAACAAAACAUAGUGAAGUGACCUGUGAUUUGUGUUAUCUUUAAUUAGACAAAUGAAAUGUAUCUCGAAGGGCGUACGACCCGAAGAAUCAAAUGAAGGGAAGGCCUGAUUGUGUUCCUAGUAAAUUGCCUGUGGUACUAGGAAAGAUUUUACUUCACUGGCUCUUCACGAAGGCUGAUGUAGUGUUCUUUAUUUACCGUUUUCUUUGGUAUGCGUGUCAUUUACAAGUCCGAUCCUCAAUGAACAGCGGCGUGGAUUUUUUUGAAAGUUUAAUCGACGAAGACGGGCGUUUCGCUGAAUAUAAUUGUCAGGAACCAGCGCAACGGGGACAAAGACAGCGACAGCGACCCCACGUGCAGGCAGAAAAUAUUAACAAUGGUGGCGGGCUUUCCCUGUCUCCACCACACACUGUAUCACAGCGAGAGACUGGUACACAGGUGUCUCAGUGCUAUAGCGGGCCUCCCUCACCUUGUGGGUCAUCAAGUGCGACCACGUCGCCAGCGAGUUCGCCAGCACCUCCUGGUACCGCCACCCUGGAUCCCAACUGGCAAGCGACAAAGCCUACAGUUCGAGAGAGAAACGCUGCUAUGUUCAAUAACCAGCUAAUGUCUGAUAUUACUUUUAUUGUCGGAGCCCCAGGACACACAAAGAUUAUACCAGCACACAAAUAUGUGUUAGCAACUGCAAGUUCAGUCUUCUAUGCUAUGUUUUAUGGAGGUUUGGCAGAAUGUAAACAAGAAAUUGAGGUUCCAGAUGUAGAGCCAUCUGCGUUCCUUGCUUUACUAAAGUAUAUUUACUGUGAUGAAAUCCAACUGGAGGCAGAUACUGUAUUAUCAACUCUCUAUGUAGCCAAAAAAUAUAUUGUACCUCAUCUGGCUAAGGCAUGUGUCAAUUAUUUGGAAACUAGUCUCACAGCAAAAAAUGCAUGCCUUCUUUUAAGUCAGUCUCGACUUUUUGAGGAGCCUGAACUAAUGCAGAGAUGCUGGGAGGUCAUAGAUGCCCAGGCUGAAAUGGCUUUGACGUCAGAAGGGUUUGUGGACAUUGAUAUGUCGACAUUGGAGUCAGUGUUAGCAAGGGAAACUCUGAACUGUAAAGAAAUUAACUUAUUUGAGUCAGCAUUAGCAUGGGCACAUGCUGAAUGUAUGCGUAGAGAUAUAGAUCCUUCACCAAUUAACAAAAGAGCGAUGCUUGGAAAUGCCAUAUACUUGAUCAGAUUUCCCACAAUGUCUUUAGAAGAAUUUGCAAACAGUGCUGCUCAACUUGGAAUACUAACCCCGCAAGAAACCAUAGAUAUAUUCUUGCAUUUUACUGCAUGCAGUAAACCAAUGCUAUCUUAUCCCAUUAAAUCCAGAGCUGGAUUGAAAGCUCAGGUAAAUAUAUGUCAAAAUUCACUUUACUUCAAUUAUUUAAUGGCUGUGAAGUUAAUAUUUAUUUCUUUGCAGAUUUGCCACAGAUUUCAAUCAUGUGCCUACAGGAGUAAUCAGUGGAGGUACAGAGGACGAUGUGACUCUAUACAGUUCUGUGUAGAUAAAAGAAUAUUUGUUGUUGGAUUCGGACUUUAUGGAUCUUCAAAUGGUGCAGCUGAUUAUAAUGUUAAAAUUGAAUUAAAACGCCUCGGAAGAGUUCUAGCAGAGAAUAAUACAAAGUUCUUCUCUGAUGGUUCAAGCAACACUUUUCAUGUAUACUUUGAAAACCCCAUUCAAAUUGAACCUGAAUAUUUCUACACUGCAUCAGCAAUACUAGAUGGGAGUGAAUUAAGCUAUUUUGGACAAGAAGGCUUGAGUGAGGUGUAUAUGGGCACAGUGACAUUCCAGUUUCACUGUUCUUCUGAGAGUACUAAUGGUACUGGAGUGCAAGGAGGACAAAUACCUGAACUCAUUUAUUAUGGACCUACUAUAUGUGCUCCUGCUAUUAAGAAUUCUAGUCCAAAUGAAGACUGACAAAAGCCUAUUAAUCACCCUGUCAAUUACUAUUCAGUAUGAACCAGGGCUGAGAAAAUUCAAUUAAAUAUUAUGUAUAGUUAACACAUACUUAACCAUUCCCAAAGUGUUAAAAUUUGUUUUGUUGAAAAUAUGAUAGAUCUUAUGUAUAUUGUUGAACUUUAAUAGAGUUAUAAGAGAAUGUGAUAUGGGUGUUGUAAAAGCUCUCUAAGCUAUUAGAAAUUAGAUCUAUUCAAUAAAUUCUUUGGAAUAAAAAAUAAUUAAA